AUGCACUGCGCCAUGUUUAAUGAAAACCAAAACACGGCAUAUCAGCACAAGCACCUCGUACCAGCUACCAAGAAUGGCGAAGGAGGGGUGAUGAUGUAUGGCUAUCCCACUACUCUAUACAGAGCCAAAACUGAAUACCAGAGUGAAUUUGAUCGCUUCUUGAAAACCAAGCUCACUGGAUCUAUAACAUUUGAAGCUGUUCAGAUCAUGGAGAAAGGCAGGAAGAUUUUAGAGAAACAUCUGGAUGCUUUCGUCCCCAGGGAAUUAUGCCCCAACAUUUGUGGGCUUCUAAUUAGAAGAGUAAUGGAUUGCGUCUCUUGCCGCUACAAAGUAUACAUCUGUCCCUCUCCGACUGGACAACAGGACUGUGGUGAGUAUCCGGUGCAGGCUGAGGAAGGAGGCCAGGCUUUGUUGAAUUGUUUUCUUCCGUGGCAUCGUCUUCUAUUGGGUAGACCAGAGUACCACUACUCCUGGGUGCCAGGAGCAUCAGAGACUAAUAAGACAAAAGCUGGCAAAUCCAGCCGCCUUUACUGUAAUUUCAAGGGAAAUUUCUUCUUCUCCUCCUUCUUCACAGUCAUAUCGUCGCCUCACCAGACUCACUGGCCUUUAGUCACUCUGCCCUCCCUGCCUCAUGGAGACAGCUACUCACCUUUUCAGCCUACGGAGGCCUUGCUUGUGCCACUCAUCGCUGUGGUUACGGCUUUGACUCUGACAGCGAGCGUAGGACUCGCAGUUGUCCUGAGAGUGAUGAUGAAUCAGCAAAGAACAGCAACAGAACUGAGGAGAAGGAGGAAGGAGGAAAACGGGACAGAAAACAUGAUGUGAUAGCUGAACUCAGUACAGUAAAAACACACUUUAAUAACAGGAAGGUUUUUCUUCACUUCAGGUUUGGCGUUUUGUUUUGCAGUGAAAUAAAUUUCCCAGCAGAAA